UCCUUCCAUCUUCUAACCUAACUCCAAUUGUUUUUUCACCAAAUUUUCAUUAAACCAUCUCAAAAUCCACACAGAAACUUCUCACUUUCUCUUCUAUUCUUCUAAAUUCAGCCACAGGUAACUAUUUUGAAAAGCAAAAACUCAAAAAGAUGGAACAAAAUAAAGCAUUUGGUGCAUUGAAAACUUUAGAUUCGACUUGUUGCAGUCCUACUAUUUCGGAAAAUUUCUUGGCGGAAGAAUUAAAAGCUAUUUUCUAGUGCGGAGGGGAAGAGUGGAAAACGAAGAUGGUGUUUGGGCAAGUUGUGAUCGGCCCGCCUGGUUCAGGGAAGACCACCUACUGUAAUGGCAUGUCUCAGUUUUUGAAACUAAUCGGAAGAAAGGUUGCCGUUAUCAACUUGGAUCCUGCUAAUGACUCAUUACCUUAUGAAUGUGCUGUAAACAUUGAGGAUCUAAUCAAGUUAAGUGAUGUGAUGAUGGAACAUUCUCUUGGUCCUAAUGGAGGCUUGGUUUAUUGCAUGGAUUAUCUAGAGAAAAAUAUAGAUUGGUUGCAAGCUAGAUUGGCACCUCUUUUGAAAGAUCACUAUCUCCUAUUUGAUUUUCCUGGACAAGUUGAACUAUUUUCGCUACACUCCAAUGCCAAGAGUGUUAUAAUGAAGCUCAUCAAGAAUUUAAAUCUGAGGUUGACUGCGGUGCAUUUAGUUGAUGCUCAUCUUUGCAGUGACCCUGGGAAGUAUAUUAGUGCGUUGCUGCUCUCUUUAUCAACCAUGUUGCAUCUGGAGCUCCCACACAUUAAUGUCUUAUCUAAGAUUGACUUAAUUGAGAACUAUGGAAGGCUUGCUUUUAAUCUUGACUUCUAUACGGAUGUGCAAGAUUUAUCAUACCUACAAUGUCAUCUUGACCAAGAUCCUCGUUCUGCUAAGUACAGAAAGCUCACUAAGGAGCUUUGUGAGGUAAUUGAAGAUUUUGGUUUAGUCAAUUUUACAACCUUAGAUAUCCAGGAUAAAGAGAGCGUAGGGAAUCUAGUUAAGCUAAUAGACAAGAGCAAUGGGUACAUUUUUGCUGGUAUGGAAGCUAGCGCAGUUGAAUUUAGCAAGAUUGCAGUUGGUGCUACGGACUGGGAUUAUUAUAGAGUCGCAGCAGUGCAAGAGAAAUACAUGAAUGAUGAAAACCUCGAGUUCAACUGACUGAUGGUUAACAUCAAUACAAUUCUACUGAGAAAGUGCAUGUACUGGUGAACCAGUCUCCUCCUCUUUUUAUGCGCACUGCUUGGGCCUAAGUUAUCAAUGGGCAGCCACGGCGAUGCGAUGUCUAGUGUCUUGUCACCUGUGCUGUGCAGUAGCUGAUGUUCUUCUCAACCAUAUUGCCUCAAAAGGACUGACUGGUAAGAUGUUGAAUGAAUGUAAAAAGCAUGUGUUGUGGACUACUAUCUAGAGUAUGACUGUGUUGUGCUCCAUUGAGUCAACUUGAACAACUAUUACCGUCUUAGGCAACUAUCCUUGAUUAUUUCCCCUUUUGCCUUGGGUUUUUUCGAUUCAACAAACUUGCACUUAGAAACAGUAGACUACUGUGUUUCCAUGGUCCUCUAAUACGCCAACCAUAUAGAUUGUUCGAUACACGAGCAACGUGGUGUUCAUUUUC